UUUACGCGUAUGACCCUAACACGAAUUGGGACGGCCGACGUGCACAAUAUCACCUCAGGACAGGUGAUUAUUGAUCUUUCUACGGCAUCGAAGGAACUGUUGGAAAACUCAUUGGACGCUGGGGCGACCCAGGUCACCAUCACAUUUAAAAAUCACGGGAUUGACUCUAUAGAGGUGAGCGACAAUGGUACAGGAAUCGACGAAGAGGAUUUCGACGGUAUUUGUAUGAAACACUACACUUCCAAGUUGCGGACAUUUGAGGACGUUGCGAAUGUGAGGACUUUGGGGUUUCGUGGAGAAGCUCUGAGCUCGCUGUGCGCGGUAGCAAGAGUGGACAUAACAACGUCAACUAAGAGCAUCCAGCCCAGGGCAUACAAACUGGAAUACGAUAAUCAUGGUAGGCUCAAACUCAAGCAGCCAGCGAGUCGAAACUGCGGCACAACUGUGCUAAUCAGUGAUAUAUUUAGAAACCUGCCUGUGCGAAAAACGGACUUGGUCAAGAAUGGAAAACGAGAGUUUCAAAAGGCUGUGACUCUGCUGCAAUCUUAUGCACUUAUUAAAGUCGGGCUCCGUCUUGUUGUUCAGCACGUUGAUUCGCGUGGCAGGAAAGGUAUUAUGCUGGCGACAAGCGGUUCCAAGCAACUGCGCAGCAACGUGCUGAGUGUUUUCGGAGCCAACGGUAUGGCGGGGCUAGAGCCAGUGGAUUUCCAAUUGAAUAUUUCAGCACGGUUUAAAUUGAAGGCUUGUGACAUGUUAUUGAGCGUCCAUGGCUAUUUAUCCAACUGUUCGUUUGGAAAGGGACGCUCAGCUACCGACAGGCAAUUUUGGUUUGUGAACGGCAGGCCUGUAAAACUGCAGCAAUUUUCUAAAGCUAUCACCGAUGUCUACAAGACUUUCAACCAUCUUCAGUGUCCAGUAAUUUUGUUGGACCUUGAGCUGGACCCGCAGUUUAUCGAUGUGAACGUCACUCCAGACAAAAGAACGAUAUUUUUGCACAACGAGCCCGCCAUCAUUGAAGCUCUCAAGGAACGUAUUACUGAGAUAUUCUCUAGCCAGAAUAUCAGUAUUCCGAAAAGCCAAUUGACAAUGGAGAGGAGCAGGGACAACUUGCUGGUGAAGGACGUGGUUGCGGAGGUGAACCAGCGUGGACCGGGCGGCGAUCUCGACGCGAAGCAGGAAGAUUGGGAAGAAGAAGAGCGUGCCAAGGACGUGCGUGAUGAAGGUCGUGCAGAUGUUUCUGACAUAAAUGAGAGCCGAGCACAAAGAUUAACGGAGGCCCAGUCCACUGACACUGUGACGAUGCAUGAGUCUGAAAGCGAAAGUGAGGCUGGACCUGCUGGUAUCGAUGAGACACCCGAGCCUAUCACAAAAUCCCCGGUUAGCAUUCAAGAGCAGAGCAUGCUCAUAACGCAAUUUGAUAAGAAUGCAGAGGCCAACACGUCAGCUCCUGAAUCAGAGCCUGAUACUACGGAAUUCUCCAAGGUUGACGACGAGAUAUUAUCCUCCGACACCAGUGACUCAAAUGAAGUGAGCUUUGAUAGACGCGUUCGUAUCGGAAGAGAAGCUAGCUCGCCCUUGCGGAUGACAGUGCGUGACAAAUACAUUGAGACACAUCCCACAGCACAGCGAAAACUGAGUUUUGAGCCCAAAUCGGAAAAGAGGACAGCCUCUGCCACGCUGACCCGAACACAUAGCUCGUUGCAUGACAUUGAAUUGCCAAUUAAGGCAAGUCCUGGUAGUUUUAAAAAGCAGAAGCCCAAUAUUGAAAAAUGUGCAGGCACCCGUGCUGCCAUCGAUGAUAUCACUGAUGAGUCUGACGCAGAACGCAAGCUCACGCUUUCUGUUUCCAAAAAGGAUUUUCUGGAAAUGCAGGUGAUUGGCCAGUUCAAUCUGGGCUUUAUCUUAGUUACCAAACAGGAUAGUUCAGGAACACAUCUGUUCAUCAUCGAUCAGCAUGCGUCUGACGAAAAAUAUAACUUUGAGCGUUACCAGACGGAAACCGUGUUUAACAACCAGCCGCUUGUUAUUCCACAACAACUACGUCUCAACAUUAUUGACGAGCUCGCCAUCAUGAACAACCUGGAAAUUUUCGAGAAGAACGGGUUUGGGCUCCGUGUGGACGAAGAUGCCCAGCCUGGCGAACGUCUCAGCCUCACUUCACUGCCGUAUUCAAAAGACACCACAUUUGAUCUGUCCGAUUUGGACGAGCUUGUACAUCUCGUCAAGGAACACCACGGUAGGGGGGUAUUACGUCCUUCUAAAGUCCGUGCUAUGCUUGCUAUGCGAGCCUGUAGAACCAGCAUAAUGAUCGGCAAACCACUGAGCCAUAAAACAAUGACCAGCGUCGUGAGAAAUCUGGCAACACUCGACAAGCCUUGGAACUGUCCACACGGCAGGCCAACAAUGCGUCAUCUCAUUGAGCUAAAGAAUUGGGCUACUUUCAGCAAAGAUUAUGAAACAUGAGGCUGUGCAAA